AUGGACGACAUAUCCUGCGUGAGUGACGAUGCCAAGCGCCUCCAGAGUACCACAAUCAAUGGUGAAGUUGUGACCUUCAACUACCGGACGAAAAAGUGGAAGGGCGAGCAGUUCGGCUUGCUUAUCUUCGACAAGCUGGAUAACACCUUCCCAGUGACCCCAGCUACGGGAUUGCGCCUGUGCAUGGUGCUGCAAACCGGCGGCUCCUGCAGUACGCCCGCGGGAAUGUGCCAGGGCGGCGCCAGCAGCGGCAGCUGCGUCUACUUGCUGUCUGAUGCUGUCUACUCUUGCUGUGCAGGCACCAUCGGAUGCCAUUCUGGAAGAGAUAACAAACGGUCGUCGGGCUAUUACUAG